AUGUCUGAACCAGCUCCAGACUCUUUCAUCAGCGCCGAGGCCGGGCAUGCUUACUGGAACAGUAUCGACGCAGAUGUCAAUGGUAUGCUGGGGGGAUACCCAGAUAUCUCUGCGAUUGACAUUCAGGAUUCACGGGCGUUUCUGGCGGAAUUGGGAAUUGGUUGCAAUGCUGGACUGAGGAGUCUCAACCGGGUGCUUGAAGGCGGCGCUGGAAUCGGCAGAGUAACAGAAGGCCUGCUCCUCCCUCUUGCUGCUACGGUGGAUGUGGUGGAGCCAAUCGCAAAGUUUACGGAGGCUCUUCGUGGCAAGAAAGGCGUGGGGAAAAUCUUCAAUAUCGGGCUUGAAGAAUUCGGCGGUGAGGAUGAGCACGGCGAGGCCUUGGGCAGCUACGACCUUUUCUGGAACCAGUGGUGCCUAGGGCACCUCAAGGAUGAUGAGCUAGUGCACUACCUGUCACGGUCCAAGGCCUGGUUGAGUGACGACCAGAGUCUCAUUGUUGUCAAGGAGAACAUCGCGGCGAAGGGCAAGGAUGAACUUGACGAGGUUGAUAGCAGCGUGACAAGGCAAGAAUCAAAAUACCACCAGAUCUUUAAAAAGGCAGGUUUAAGAAUCAUCAAAACGGAACUGCAAUCGGGGCUGCCUGAAGAUCUCUUCGCCGUUCGCAUGUACGCCCUACGUCCGGAGUGA